CUAUUUUAAUUGAGUUCUUUGUAGUUCCAUGCAUAACAUGCAGGGGAACAGGAAUGGCAUUGGCCUGGAGAAAAGAAACACUCAAUGGGAAUGCAUAAUGAACUCCAUCGCUUUACGCCAUGUUGAAAAUUCCUCGAGAUCUGACCUUCGUGUGCAAUGGAGGCUGUACAUGUAGAUCACUGUUGAUCGUGUCAACUGGAAGUGUGGGCAUGUCCUUCAUUUCUUAUCUGUAGUUUUGCCAUGAUUAACUUGUCACUUUAUGCUAGCCUGUGACUAAGUUACGAAUCACAUCAAGCUCUCAAGCAGUCACUGAAUUUUACGGGAGCAAGGGUUCCAUUGGUGAUUCAGUCGGGUGCAUGACUAAUUUUUCCGAUAUCCGUCAGCAUAUGUGGCCUCACUUUUAAGUCACUUGCAGGGCAGACAGGGUAGCAUACAGAACAUUACACAAGGUGUUGAGUUCAGGGCAGGUGUGACACUUUGCAUAUCAUGUAAAGUUUCUACAAGAAUUUGGCCAGCAAGGACGUACUUUGAUUUGUACAGGAAGCUGUGAUGUGUGGUAUUGCAUUGACACUGAUAAUGUGGAUAAGCAUCGGUCUGUGUGAAUUGGUCAGAGAUGUUCAACUUGCUGUCAGUUGCUGUGUCCGUUGUACUGUUAGUUUGUCACCUGCUGCAGCUCUGCACAGCUGAAAGAUUUGGUAACUUAAGACUAGUAGAUGGUGCUGAGCCUACCCAGGGACGGGUAGAAAUAUUUGAGGGUGCUUCAUGGAAGCCGAUCUGUGCUGACCACUGGACCCUUGAAGAGGCCAAGGUGGUGUGUCGCCAGCUCUCCCUACCGCCAGCCACGGAGGCCACCACUUGGGUGAGCGUAGGACAGAGCAAUAGCACCCUAUCUCAGUACGCCUUCAUGUGCAGUGAAGGCAGCUUCAAAUACAUGCUGCUGCUGUGCAUAUCGGCGACACGGUAUAUCUGCAAGGACAGUGGCAGGGUUGCUGGUGUUGCGUGUGGAAAUUGGGCAAAUGCGAAGCAGUUUGACAUUCGUCUAGCAGGGGGUGUGAAUGAGUAUGAAGGUAGGGUGGAGAUCUUCUUCAAUGGUAUCUGGGGCACUGUGUGCGAUUCCAGAACCCUGUUGCGACCCUUGUACACUCACCGAGAGGAGUUUUGGGACCUCAAGGAUGCCCAGGUGGUCUGCAAACAGCUGGGGUACAUCGGUGCCAAGCGGAUAGCUGUGCAAAUCCAGCCCCCACCGAGCACCCUGCCAGUCAUCAUGACCAACCAACGCUGCAACGGCACCGAGGCCAAUCUGGGGGAGUGCAAUGUGGACUACAUGCGACGUGGUGGGCCCUUCAAAUGCAGCAGGUCACAAGAUGUGUCAGUUGUGUGCAGUGACCUCAAAGUCAGGUUAGUGGAUGGAGACGAACCAACCAAAGGACGUGUGGAGAUCUUCAAUGGUACCUCCUGGCUGACCAUCUGCGGUUACCAGUGGACACUUGAGCAUGCCAAGGUGGUGUGUCGUGAGCUCGCAAUGCCCCCCGCAACUGGAGCCACCAUGGGUGAUCGGUUCAAACCAGGAAGCGGUGGAAUGUCGGCGAAUAACUUUGCGUGCACCGGCACAGAGCGAUCGAUAUUUGACUGUGUCCAGACAACAAGAGACUUGAAGUGCAGUCAUUUGAGUGAUGCGGGAGUCAUCUGUGGGGUAUGGCUGCAUGCAAAACAGUUUGACGUUCGAUUGGCUGGCACUCUGAAUGUGUAUGAGGGACGAGUCGAAAUUUAUAACGGCGUGUGGGGAACAGUUUGCAACUCAGGAAGCAUGACGGGCCCGAUGCACAGUUCACAGGACGCAUUCUGGGACAUCGAGGAUGCCCAAGUGGUGUGCCGCCAGCUUGGAUACCUGACAGCAAGACGCUAUGCCAUGGGGAGACUACCAGAGACCUCGUUACCAGUCAUGAUGACUGGAACACACUGCAAGGGGGUGGAGGCUAACCUGGGAGAAUGUGGGGUCAGUUACAGUGGGCUGCAUAGAUGCAGCCAUGACCAGGAUGUCUCAGUGGAAUGCGACACUCGGCCCAAAGCAGAUAGGUACGAUACCCGUCUGGUGCAGGGUUCACAUCCCAACCAAGGCUACGUACAGGUCUUAUACAUGGGCCUAUGGAGGAGCGUGUGCGACCAGAAGUGGGGUUUGAGUAGUGCCACAGUUGUCUGCAAGCAGCUCGGGUUCCGGGCCGCAGCCCACGCCGUGAACGGGGCAACCUCUGAAAAUUCCUGGGGUCUACUGGAGGGCAAGAACAUGUUUUUGAACAGGGUGGAGUGCUUGGGAAACGAGACCAAUUUGGCUGACUGUCCCAUGAGCUAUACAUCUAGAGACAGCUGCACUGACCACGAACAGGCAGGGGUGAUCUGUCAGAGUGAUAAAUAUCCAAGUAUUUUACCAGGGGAUGCCAUGGAACCUGUCAACAUGAUGAUCAUCUUAUCAUUUGUUAUCCCUCUUAUUGCAAUCAUUUUGGUUAUGUUUGCACUGUUGCUGAUGUACCGCCGAUAUAAGAUGGCCGAGCAGCGCAAGUCUAACCAAGUGGGCAUUGAACUUUUUGAUACUGACCUGUUUGAUCGCCCCUGCAUUCAUGAUGGGCUGGCCCAGAGGCCCCAGAAUGAGUCGGGCUUCAGCAGGAGAGCCCAGCGCCGGGCCCAGCGCAAGACCCGACGGCAGGAGUACAGGAGGCAGCGGCAACUUGAGAGGCAGCAAGUCCAGUGGAGUCCGUACACUGACCGCGGACGACCGCCUUCCUACGAUGAGGUGUACACAGGGCCCGUGCCUCAGUCUGCCGAGGUGAUUGACACCGUUAGCCUUCUGCCCAUCCUCUCUGGCCCGCAGCGGGGAAACCAAUUAGAUCAGUGA